UUGUAGGGAUGGAGCUCAGCCCCCGCAGAGCUCCGCGACCCCUCUGCCCCCGGCAGGUGCUGCGAAUGACCAUCCACGGGCUGGAUGGCGAGGGGACCCCCCAGCAGCUCGCCAUGAGCAAGAAGGAAAGGACCGGGACGUUCGCGGUGCGGGAUGGGCUCAACGCCUCGGCCACCGUGGUGUACGACUACAGCAAGCUGCUGGUCGGCUACAGGUCCUGGCGUCGCCGCGCCUGCUACAUCACCCGCGUGGACAAGGACAACUUCCCGGGGCUGGACGCUGUCACCGAGACCUUCCAGCGGCGCCAGGGUGAGGAGCUUGGGGACAAGGCCGUGGCUCUGGCUGACCGCUCCAUCCUGGGCACCACCAUCAACAUCCUCUGCAGCGCCGUGCCCGUGUUCUGGGCCUAGGGACAGCGACGUGGGGGUGGCGCUGUCCCCCACGCUGCCUUUCAAGCGGGACACCGGGGAAUCUCCUCCUCCUCCUCCUCGUCCCCAUCCCGGGGACAGCCCGGCCCC